AUGGCUAGCGCGAGUGUUGAGACAAGAAAAAAACAAUGUGCCAAAUGUAACGACGUGAAAACUAGUGGAGGAUUGUUCACUUGUGAUGGAUGUCAGCAGAUGUUUUGUGCACGACACGUCGGCGAACAUCGACAAGAGCUUGGUACUGAGUUAGAAAAUGCUAUGCAGGAAUACAAUUGCAUUCAAGAGCAAUCCAAUCAAUUAACAUUUGAUCGAUCCGUAUUGGAAAAAAUUGAUGCAUGGGAAAAAAGAUCGCUAGACAAAAUUAAACAAGCAGCUGAAAAGGUUCGUGGUGAUUUUCAUCGAUGGUGUCGCGAUAGUCACGACCGUAUAAAAAACGAGUGCACAGAACUGGGUACAGCUCUUGCUUCUGCUCACAAUCGAGAUGAUUUUUCCGAAUCAGAGCUCGACAAAUGGAAGAAAACAUUGAAUGAUUUGAAAACAAAGUUGCAAUCGAUAACAAAAGUUAGUAUUGUCGAAGAUCGACAAAUGCCAAUCAAUCUUAUUAAAAUGGAUCAUGUUACGUCUUUUGCAAAUACCCGUAUCCGACCUAAUAUACGAAUGUCAUCGAAGGCACACGUCCCAAUUGUGAAACCAGAAUUUCACCAAGUAGUAUCCAAUCAAACAGAAGAAGCAAACACCAUUGCUGAUACUAUCGAAUCAUCAAACACUUCCACUCGUCAUCCUCGAAAUGUCGAAGCUGCGAACUGUAAGCAACAGUAG